CAAGGCCAUAUCAGCAAAUCUUGCAAAAAGAGAAUGGAAUGUAAAGAAUGUUCCCAAAAACACCCAGACAUUCUACACAUAAAGGAGAAUCGAAAAGAAACCAAAGAUGUUGAACUACCAGACAGGAAAAUCUCAUGUGCCCAAGUCUCUCUUAACCACCAAUCAAGCGAUAAAACAGAAUAUGGAGGAGAUAACUGUGUGCUGUCAAUUGUGCCAGUAAAGGUUAAGUCAAACAAGGGCGACAGAAUUGUAGAAACUUAUGCUUUCCUGGAUGCAGGAAGUACAGCUACAUUUUGUACGGAGGAAUUGCAAAGGAAACUGAACCUGAAGGGGAAACCAACUCAGAUUCUGCUGAGCACUAUGUGUCAAGACAAGCCAGGAGAGCAGAAAUUAGUAAACAGUUUCAUCCUCACAGACUUGGAAGUGUGCGCGUUGGAAGAAACAAAGUACUUUGAGUUACCAAAAGUCUUCACACACAGCAGUAUUCCUGUUCAAAAUGAGAACAUUCCUAACCAAGAAGACAUCAGAAAAUGGUCAUACCUAAGUCAAGUAAGCAUACCCAAUAUCGAUUCAAAUGUAGAUCUUCUAAUUGGAGCCAACAAUUCAAAGGCAAUGGAACCGUGGUACAUCAUCAACAGCCAACAAGAUGGACCGUAUGCUGUAAAAACUGCACUAGGAUGGGUAGUGAAUGGACCCAUCAAAAAAGAAAGCAACACUUCACAAAGGUCCAAAUUGCCACAUCAUUCAGUUAAUCGGCUCUCAGUGGUGGAAAUAGAGCAAUUGUUGAUUCAGCAGUACAAUACUGAUUAUCCAGAGCGCCAGUAUGAAGAGAAAGAGGUAAUGUCCCUGGAGGACAAACAAUUCAUGCAAGUAGUGCAAGAAAAGACUAAGUUUGAGGAUGGACAUUACUGUGUGAAACUGCCAUUGAAAAAUGAAGCAGUCAAGAUGCCAAACAAUCGAAAUGUUGCUGAACUGCGUGCAGCUAACCUGAAGAGAAAGCUUCAAAAGAACUCAAGUUUGCUUGAAGACUACAGUAGCUUCAUGGAGAGCAUAAUAGAGAAAGGAUAUGCAGUUAAAAUUCCCACAGAACAGCUUGGUCGCAGCGACAGCAGAGUGUGGUAUAUACCUCACCACGGGGUGUACCACCCAAAGAAAAAGAAAAUUCGAGUGGUUUUCGAUUGUACUGCUUCAUUCCAAGGCAUGUCUCUGAACGGUCAAUUGUUACAGGGUCCAAACCUCACAAACACACUUAUUGGUGUCCUUACCAGGUUUAGAGAAGAACCUAUAGCCAUGAUGGCUGAUGUGGAAUCAAUGUUCUAUCAGGUGAGGGUUCCAGAGGAGGACGCAGAUCUGCUUCGCUUUCUUUGGUGGCCAGAGGGCAAGCUGGAUGCACCUAUAGAAGAAUUUAGGAUGAUGGUGCAUAUAUUCGGAGCCGCUUCAUCACCUAGCUGUGCCUCUUAUGCAUUGAAAAGGACAGCAGAGGACAGAAAAGAGGUAGCAUCUCCAAAGGCUGUCGAAACAGUUUUGCACAAUUUUUAUGUGGACGACUGUUUGAAGUCUGUGUCUACAGAACAAGAAGCAAUUGACUUAGCAAAGGAUGUUAGAAAUGUGUGUGCUGAAGGAGGUUUUUGCUUAACAAAGUGGGUAAGCAAUAGUAGGAAAGUAUUAUUAUCCAUCCCAGAAGAACAAAGGGCCAGUGGGGUAAAGGACCUGGACUUGGAUCAGGAUUCUCUGCCCAUCGAGAGAGCACUUGGCAUGCAGUGGUGUACAGAAAAAGACACCUUCACAUACGACAUCAAGGUACAGGAGAAGCCGUUGAGUAGAAGGGGUAUUCUCUCGGUUGUUAAUUCAAUCUAUGAUCCUCUUGGGUUUCUGGUGCCACUCAUCCUGCCAGUCAAGCUCCUUUUAAGGGACAUGUGCAAACAAGGAUAUGGAUGGGAUGAACAGAUUGAGGGCAAGCGUGCUGAUCAGUGGGUCAAAUGGCUAGAAGACCUAAAUCACCUCUCAGACUUCCAGAUCAAAAGGUGCGUAAAACCAGAGAAGUUUGGUAAUACAUCAGAAGCACAGCUGCAUCAUUUCUCUGAUGCCAGCGAGAAUGCUUACGGCACAGUCACUUACCUGGUACUUUCCAAUGAGCAAAAUCAAAAACAUUGUUCCUUGUUGAUGGGAAAGUCAAGAGUUAGCCCACUCAAGCAAAUCACAAUCCCUAGACUUGAACUGACCGCAGCAACCAUAGCUGUCAAAGUGGACAAAAUACUAAGACAAGAGCUUCAAAUCCCACUACAGCAGUCCGUUUUCUGGACAGACAGCACUACCGUGCUUAACUACAUCGACAGUGAGAGUGCACGCUUCAAAACAUUUGUAGCGAACAGGAUCUCACUAAUAAGAGAUGCUACUACUCCAUUACAGUGGAGGUAUGUCAGGACAUCACAAAACCCUGCAGAUCAAGCCACCAGAGGUCUUAAAGCAAAGGACUUUAUACAAGAGGAAACAUGGGUUAAAGGACCCGACUUUUUGUUGAAACCAGAAGAAGAAUGGCCACAAAGACCGGAUCGUUUGUGUCAAAAUAUUCAAUCAGAUCCUGAAAUCAAAAAAGAGUUCAAGGUCAAUAUUCUCGACUUGAGAGAAAACAAUGAUGUUCUGAGUAAGUUAACUCAUUACUACUCAAGCUGGUUUCGUCUGAAAAAGGCAGUGGCAUGGAUGCUAAGACUCAAGGAAACACUGUUACAAUUGUCUAAAGCAAGAAGACAGUUUCAAGAAUCCAUUGCACAAUCAGAAAAAGACCCAGAAAAACAAUCGUUCCUCUUAAAGGAGCAGAUGCGAAAAUUCAGAUCAACUAUGGAGAAAAAGUCACUGAGACUGAAGGACUUGAAUGAAGCUGAAAUCCAGUUAAUUCAAUACAGUCAAAAACAACAAUUUCAGAAUGAAAUUGAGGCUCUGAAACAGAAUAUUCCUGUUAAAAGGAAAAGUCAGCUGUACAAGCUUGAUCCUGUGCUUCAAGAUGGGAUACUAAGAGUGGGUGGGAGACUUAACAGAGCAGCCAUGCCGGAGGAAUCUAAACAUCCCGCAAUCCUCUCAAAGGCCUCCAGGGUUUCAAUUCUCAUUCUAAACGACAUUCAUCAAAGAUGUGGUCACUGUGGUAGAAACUACAUGUUAUCUACUCUCCGACAAAAAUUCUGGAUCCCGCAAGCCAACUCAGCAAUUCGGAAGCUUAUACAUAAAUGCUCUGUUUGCCGCAGAUUCAAUGGAAGAAUUGGAGAGCAAAAAAUGGCAAGUUUGCCAGAAGACCGCUUGCUACCUGACAAACCCCCUUUCACGAAUGUGGGCGUAGAUUUCUUUGGACCCUUCGAUGUAAAACGGGGCCGGAACACUGUGAAAAGGUAUGGAGUGUUGUUCACUUGCCUAACAAUCAGAGCAGUACACAUUGAGAUUGCUGAUAGUCUGGACACUGAUUCAUGCAUAAAUGCUUUAAGGCGUUUUAUAAGUAGAAGAGGACAGGUGUCAGUCAUGCGCUCAGACAACGGUACAAAUUUUGUCGGCGCAGAAAGAGAGUUGCGAGAAGCACUGAGAAAUUUGAACCAUAACAAAAUCGAAAAUACACUGUUACAAAAAGGGAUCGAAUGGAUCUUCAACAGUCCAACUGCUUCUCAUCAAGGUGGUGUCUGGGAGCGACAAAUCCGCACCAUAAGAAAGAUACUCAACGCUCUCUUAAAGGAACAGACUAUCAAUGAAGACAGUCUUCAUACCAUCAUGUGUGAAGUGGAAAGUAUCAUCAACAACAGACCAAUAACUAGUACAUCAGAAGAUCCAAAUGACCUUGAGGCUCUGACGCCUAAUCAUUUGUUGUUGUUGAAAACACAACCAAGCUUACCACCAGGUGUCUUUAACAAGGAAGACCAAUAUGUAAGAAAACGCUGGAGACAAGUACAGUAUCUAGCAGACUUGUUCUGGAUAAGAUGGACUCGUGAGUACCUGCCCACUCUUCAGGAACGCAGCAAAUGGUCAAGAUUAAAAAGGAACUUUGUACCUGGUGAUGUGGUAUUAGUUGUGGACAGUUCCUCCCCUCGCAAUUCAUGGAUAAUGGGAAGAGUAGUUCAAACUUUACCAGACUCCAGUGGAACUGUACGUCGUGUAAAACUAAAGACCAAAACAAGUACACUGGAGAGACCGGUAAAUAAAUUGUGCUUAAUUCAAGAGGCAAUUUAAGACUAACAGACUAACAUAGAAUUAUCAAGAGUAUGAUAAUCUAAGGAAAGGUUGGAAGUUAAUUCUUAUGUAUACAUGUUCAAGUCUAAGGGCUCUUUAGUAUUAGGAUGUUUGUAGUAAUUGUUUGGUCUCCUUACCAACCAAUUAGGGGCCGGAUGUGUUAGAGCCAAGUCACUUUUCUUUACAUAGAUGUGAAAUAAAUAUUGUAUACAUUAAGCAAUCAAUAAAUAGAUAGGAGUAAAU